AUCGGUCUCCUUGUUUGAGGUUUAACAAAGCAAAACCAAUACCAAGUAUCCACUGGAACCUGCUUAUGUGCUACUUUUCUACAUGUACCCCUAAAAAGAUGGAGUUUGUUAAAAAGGAGUUUAUUAAAGAGGAGAGUAAAGAUAUCAGUAUUUCAGAACCAGUCAGACUGAACAACGAAGAUACUGAGGAACAAAGAGAGCUGAUGGAAGUGAAAGAGGAUAGUGAGGAGCUGAAUGAAGAGGAGGAGAAACAUCAGUAUCAGAAACCUGAUGAUUUUGUAACUGGACAAAAAUCUUAUAUUUGCUCACAGACUGAAAAUAUUUUCUCACAAAAAAGAACUCUAAGAAGAAAAACAAAAAAUUCUUUCACCUGCCCUCAAUGUGAUAAGAGUUUUAAACAUAAAGGAAACCUUAAUGUCCACAUAAGAACUCACACUGGAGAGAAGCCUUUCACAUGCCUUCAGUGUGGAAAGAGUUUCAGACAGAAAGUAAACCUUUCGUAUCACAUGAAAACUCACACUAGAGAGAAGCCUUUCACAUGCCUUGAGUGUGGAAAGUGUUUCAGACAGAAAGUAAACCUUUCGUAUCACAUGAAAAAUCACACUAGAGAGCCUUUCAAAUGCCUUGAGUGUGGAAAGAUUUUGGCAAGUCCAUGUAGCCUAAGAAAACACAGAAAUAUUCACUCUAAUCAAUUACACCAGUGUUCUCAUUGUGGCAAGAGUUUCAAACAGGGAGACAGUCUCAGACUUCAUCAGCGCUAUCACUUUGAAGAAAAGCCAUUUAACUGUGAUCAGUGCGGUCAAAGAUUUAUUUUUGCAUCAAUGCUAAAAAGACACUUGAAACUUCAUGAGUCUAAUGAGAAGCCUUACAGCUGCACUGUUUGUGGAAAGAGUUUUUCACAGCUGGCCUAUAUGAAACAGCACCAGAGAAUACAUUUGGGUGUAAAACCUCAUGUAUGCUCAGAGUGUGGUAAAGCUUUUAUCAGAGCUGAAGACUUGAAAGUGCAUGAAAGAAUUCAUACUGGAGAAAAACCUCACAAGUGCUCACAUUGUGGAAAGGGUUUCAAACGGCCCAAACAGCAGAAAAGACAUGAGAAAGUGCAUACUAGAGAGAAUCCUUACUACUGCUCUCCAUGUGGAAAGAGUUACAGCUCAUCAAGUACUUUACGGACACAUUUAAGAAAGUUUUGCCCAAAUGUGUUACAUUGAGCUAAUUUUAUCUUGAGAAUCUUGAUCACGUGAAAGAGACUAAAAGAGUGAGACAGAUAUAGCAGAUAUACCAGAUUAAAUAACCAUGACAUCACACAGCAUGUCACCGCACUCUCGGGUGCUUUCUGUAAAGACAGGUUUGUUUUGAGUAACAUUAUGGUAUUUACGUUAUGAGAUAAAAUACUAGGUUUGUGUCCCACUGCUCAAUUAUUGCUUUUUAUCUUGUUCUCUCUAAAACAAAGCAAAUGUCUGUUUUGUUCAUUAAAUACAGUUAUUAGUCACUUAAGUUAGCUAACGCAAUCCUGUCCUGGAGUACAAGUAACACUACACAUCUAACACAUCUGAUUAGCUCAUUAGUAGAAUACUCCAUGAUCUAAAUUGAGUGUCAAAUAAGGGAGAACUACAAAAUCUGUGGUUUUAGUGGUACUCCAUGAAAAGAUUGAGGAACACUGAAAUACAUAAUAAAAAAAAAAAACAUUCUUAAAGGAGUCAUGUCAUGUUUUUUAUUUUUAUUAUUAUUAAAGUAGUAUUGCAUGACCUUGUCCCACCCUGUCUCUCUCUGUCUGAAAUAUUCUGUUUCUGUCUAAUACUGUACUGGACAGAUAGUCUGAAGGUUGACCUUUAAUAACCAACUUUCUGAGGUCCUAUUGCUGCUGUCACCUCGUGAUCUUAAAGUGACUACUCUCACAGUCUUUAGCAAUAUGUCCCAUUGUAUGUGAAGCACACAAUCAAAUUUGGAAAAGUUGGAGACCCCGUCGUGGUUUAUUUUGAGAUAAAACCAACUGACUGUACAAUUCCUUACAUAUCAAACAAACACAAUGUUGAAACAGCCGUUUUAAAUUUGUUACUCACUGGCAUUACUGUCAUGUCCAAUAUUGUUGGCACUGUUCCGUCUUACAAUAUAAGAUCCUUUGCAAACCCUUAAUCUUGGCUCUCAAAAGACUCAGUAGAGAAAUGUGCCACAGACAUAUAAUCUCACACUGAUGCUUAGUUUGAAUACGCAACUCAUUCCUAAUGUUGGGAUCCUUAAGAAGGCUAAGAAGAGAUUCAGUUAUUGUGUUUAAGGAACACAAUAACGUCUGGGUACGUUACUCAACAUCUUAAUCUUUUUGUUGAUUGAAUUUACUGCAACAAAUAAGUAUGUUGUGGAGGCAGGGCUAUUUAAACAAAACCCCCAUUCCUACGUAACUAUGGGGCAGAUUUCAAAAUGAGUAAUUUUUGCAGGGUGGAAACAACAAAUGCCUUUUCUUACAUGUCAAAAUAUCAAGGAAAAUUUUAUUUUUCAUGACAUGACCCCUACAAAGACAUUAAGAUAUGACUUUCUAUAAAGGUGUUCAUUGGGCCUUUAAGGCAUUACAGAAUGAUUUCCUGUAAAGCUUCUUUGAAAUUAUGUGAA